AAUAGCGCUACUUUCAUCUUUUAAAUGUUUCAAAAGUUCGUUAAAACGUGGUGGCAGAAGAACCCUCACCACAACAGCAUUCUUCUCCUCUUGGAGAAAUGCCAGAAUCUGAAUCAAUUCAAGGAAAUCCAUGGCUACCUACUCAAAUCUCGUUUCCCUGAAGACCCCCUUUCUGUCUGUCCCCUCCUCUCCGCCGCUGCGGUCUCUGGUGAUGUCGCUGUAUUCUCUCACGCUUGCUCAAUCUUCAGUCACUUCGUCUAUCGCAACACCUUCAUGUACAACACCAUGAUUAGAGGCUACAUUGAAACACAUUCAUCUAUCCCCGCCAUAUUCAGUUAUCUGGAAAUGUUAAACAAUGGUCAUACUGCCAAUAACUACACUUUUCCGCCAUUAAUCAAAGCUUGCACCAUCCUCCCCUGUGCUUCUAAGAAGCUAAUUGGUCGUUUAGCCCAUGCCCAUGUUGUUAAAUUUGGAUUGUCUGACGACCCUUUCAUCCUUAGUGCUCUUAUCGAAUUCUACUCAUCGGUUCCUGAUAUGAAAACUGCACGGAGAUUGUUUGAUGGGAUUCCUAGAAGGGAUGUGGUCUUGUGGACGGCGAUGAUUGACGGGUAUGGAAAGAGUGGCGACUUUAAGAGUGCCAGAGCAUUGUUUGAGGAAAUGCCUGUGAGGAAUGCAAUCUCAUGGAGUGCAAUGAUGGCUGCGUACUCUCGUGUCAGUGACUUCAAGGAGGUAUUGCAUCUCUUUAGACAGAUGCAAGAAGCCAACACAAGGCCGAAUGAAUCAGUCCUUGUGAGCGUCCUCACUGCGUGUGCACACAUAGGGGCACUUGCCCAAGGACUGUGGGUUCACUCUUACGUGAAACGAUACCGUCUUCACUCAAAUCCGAUCUUGGCUACUGCAUUGGUAGAUAUGUACUCAAAAUGUGGAUGCAUGGAGCCAGCAUCGUCAGUUUUUGAAGGGAUUCAGAACAAGGAUGUCAAAGCAUGGAAUGCAAUUAUCUCAGGGGUUGCAAUGAAUGGGGAUGCGAAGAAAUCAUUCGAGCUCUUUGAAAGAAUGAAUGCUUAUGGAAUGCAACCCACUGAAGUCACAUUUGUUGCCAUCCUCACGGCAUGCACACAUGCAGGGUUGGUUGAUGAGGGCCUUAUAUUGUUUGAACAAAUGGGCUUUGUCUAUGGAGUUGAACCUCAGCUUGAGCAUUAUGCUUGUGUUGUAGACCUACUGGGUCGAGCAGGAAGAUUAAAAGAAGCCGAGAUGUUUAUAGAGGAGAAGUUUGGAGGAUUUGAGGGUGGGGAUGCUAAUGUGUGGGGAGCUCUGCUGGGUGCUUGUAAGAUUUAUGGAAAUGUUAAGGUUGGGAACAGAGUUUGGAAAAAGCUGGCUAAUUUGAGAGCUGAUUGUGGAACACAUGUCCUCUUAUAUAACAUCUUCAGAGAGGCCGGUUGGGAAACAGAGGCAAAGAGAGUCAGAAAGUCAAUCGUGAUGGAGGGUUUGAAGAAGAAGCCUGGUUGUAGUUUAGUAGAAGUGGAUGGUGUGGUUUAUGAAUUCCUUGCAGGUGAUCUUUCUCAUCCACAAGCAACAGAGAUAUCUGAGGUGCUUGACUCUAUGUCUAGGAUGGCUACUUUGGAGGUAUUUUGAUAUUAUAAAAAUUUCUCCUGCCUGUUCCAAAGAAAUAA